CUUUUCAUCAAAUCGUCUAGAAAAAGGUUGGAGGCCGAUCUCUCUCUCUCUCUCUCUUUGACUCGCGCAACGAAAAGAGCAAGAGAGGGCGGAGACUGUCAAGCCGAACUCCUCACUUCAUUCCGACCUCAGAAUCUCUCUCUCUCUCUCUCUCUCUCUGCGAUCUGUUGAGCUCCAGAGCUCCGACGAUGCCUUCCCGUCGCAGAACGCUCCUCAAGGUCAUCAUCCUCGGCGACAGCGGGGUGGGAAAGACCUCUUUGAUGAAUCAAUAUGUGAAUAAGAAGUUCAGCAAUCAAUACAAAGCAACAAUAGGAGCUGAUUUUCUGACCAAGGAAGUGCAGCUUGAAGAUAGGCUCUUCACAUUACAGAUCUGGGACACAGCUGGCCAAGAGAGAUUUCAAAGUCUGGGUGUUGCUUUCUACAGAGGUGCUGAUUGCUGUGUUAUUGUAUAUGAUGUCAACGUGAUGAAGUCUUUUGACAACCUUAACAACUGGAGAGAAGAGUUCCUUAUUCAGGCUAGUCCUUCAGAUCCAGAGAACUUCCCCUUUGUUGUUAUAGGAAAUAAGAUCGAUGUGGAUGGUGGAAACAGCAGAGUGGUUUCAGAGAAGAAGGCUCGAGCCUGGUGUGCCUCAAAAGGUAAUAUCCCUUAUUUUGAGACAUCUGCUAAGGAAGGUGUCAAUGUGGAGGAAGCUUUCCUUUGCAUAGCAAAGAAUGCCCUAAAAAGUGGCGAGGAGGAGGAGAUAUACUUGCCAGACACCAUUGAUGUCGGAACCACCAGCCAGCCGAGGUCAACUGGAUGCUGCUAAUGCAUUGCUCGAUUUUUAAGCUCUCAAUCAAUAAAGUCUAUAUCCUUUCCCUAGGAGGCUCUAUUUGUAUUUACUAUAGGACACUGUACAUUCAAUGUCCAGAUGAGCAAACAGAUUGGUCUCCUGUUAGUGAUUGAAUUGAAUUUGUUGGCGUGUUGUGUCUGGUGAUUGAACCACUUCGAAUAAUUACAGCCGAGUUGUAUGAAUUCUGCAUAUAAACAGCCGAGUCGUGUGAGUUUCCUCAUAA